AUAAAUUUAUGUAUUCGUGAGUUGGAAAGGGGGGCAUUUGAAAAGGUGCUGAAAUAAGUUACCAUGAAUAAUAAUCAAACUAUUGGCAACAGUUUAAUAAAAUUCCUUGCAAAGGAAUUUAAUGCAGUUAUAACAGUUUUAAAGUGCAAACUAUUAGUUUUGUUGUAAAAACAGCAGUAACAUGGGAAAUCUAUGGAUCCUUGGAAUAUUAUUAUGUGCAUCCACGAUAGCAUUCGCUGGUAAAUUAGAAGAAGUAUUUUCAUGGAACAAAGUUGAUUACGAAUUUCCAAACAAAACAGCCCGUGAAGAAGCAAUUGCCAGUAAAACAUUCAUACCAGAACAUAAUAUACCAGUUGGAGUUGAAAAAUGGCAAAAUAAAUUAUUUUUAACUGUACCACGAUGGAAAACUGGUGUUCCAUCAACUUUAAAUUAUAUUGAUUUAACAAAAAGUGCUGAUACAAAAUCACCAAAAUUAAUUCCAUAUCCAAAUUGGGAAUCACAUGAUUUAACCAAUAACAAUGACACGAGAAUUAUAUCACCAUUCCGUAUUCGUGCUGAUGAAUGUGAUCGUCUUUGGGUGCUUGAUUCUGGAAUUGAUGACGUACUUGGAUCCUUUAAUGUUAUGACCGGACCAUAUUUACUAAUUUAUAAUUUAAAUACAAAUGAAUUAAUCCGAAAAUAUGAAAUUCCUACCAAAGAUUUAAGUGAACACUCAUUUGUUGCAAAUGUGGUCGUGGAUAUUACAAAAAGUAAUUGUGAAGAUGCGUAUGCAUAUAUAAGUGAUUUUUCUGGUUAUGCAAUUAUUGUUUAUAGUUUUGCUAAAAAUGAAUCGUGGCGUGUUAAUCAUAACUUCUUCCAUUUUGAUCCAUUGAGUGGUGAUUAUACUAUUGGUAAAGUUAAUUUCCAAUGGACUGAUGGUAUUUUUGGUUUGGCUCUAUCACCAGUACAUGAAAAUGGGUUCCGCACCAUGUAUUUCCAUCCAAUGUCUAGUACAAAAGAAUUUACUGUAUCUACGGAGGUGUUAAAAAAUAAGACCCGGGCAGUGGAUCCACAUUCAUAUUACGAUUUUAAGCUUUUGGGCGACCGUGGUGAUAAAACUCAAUCAACAACCAAUUUUAUUGACGAACCAUCAAAUGUUUUAUUUUAUACUCAAAUCAAUCGAGAUGGAAUUGCUUGCUGGAAUACAAAAAAGCCAUUCACAGCCGACAAUUUAGUAUUAUUUGAUUCCGAUAAUACUACAUUAGUAUUUCCAAAUGAUUUAAAAGUGGAUACUGAUAGUAAUUUGUGGGUGGUAACGGAUCGUUUACCCAUUUUUAUGUACUCGCAUUUAGAUUAUCAAGAUAUUAAUUUCCGUGUACUUAAAGGUGCUGUGAAGAAUAUUAUUGCUGAUACAAGAUGUGCUUAAAAUUUUUUCUAUUCUUUUGUCUUCGUUCUACUUAUUGUUAGUAUCCAGAAUUUAGAUUUUAAACUUUUUUAGGAAAAAUUAAAGCUUUUACAAAUCUGACUUAUAAAUUUUAAGUGAGUGGAAAUACGGAGUCAGUUAUUUUUUUUAUCAAAGAGAAUACAUUCAAAUUGAGUUGUAAUCUUCUACCUAAUAUCAUUUUUCUUUAUUACAUACAAACAAACAAAAUUAUUGCUACACGGACGCUUAAAAAAGAAGAUAAGGCACGAAAAAGACAGACGUUAAAGUUAUUAUUCUGAUACCCACUUAAGGAACUCGUAAAGUUUGUAAUAUUAAGCCUCUUCCACACUCUCGCAAAGUAGAACAAAUUCGAGCAAGGACUUGUUUGACUUCGCUAAAAAGGCAAGUUUUGGUACCCGGGGCAAAGGCAACACGAGGCACCCAAGCGAGUUUCAUCUCUACAGUCUCAUGAUUACUUGUGUAGUUUAGUUCUGUUGUCCCUUCGAUGCCAGCCAUAACAUGUGGUAGUGCGUGCAUUUCGCCUAGCUUUGGCGAAUAUACUUGGAAAGGGAACUCCGCGAGAUUGUGGAUGGAGGUUUCUAUUUCUCCUCUAUUCACACUAAAAUUAACAGAAGAUCACAACUCAAAUAAAAGUCGAAAGUAAACAAAUAUGUAAAUUUUAAAAGAAAGUGUGAUACACAAAUAAUUUUUUAGAAUUAA